AUGGCAAGAGGAGUAGAAGAAGAGGUGGCAUGGAAAUACUUUUGCAGAGAUGUUGUGCCAUUCACUGCAAUGGUGGCUGUGGAGUGUGUCACGGUUGGAUCUAACACACUGUUCAAGGCUGCGACCAUGAGAGGAUUGAGCUUCUAUGUCUUUGUCUUCUACAAUUAUGUCGUUGCUACACUUGUCCUUCUUCCACUUUCCCUCCUCUUUAGAAGGUCAAGAAGAUUACCUUCAGCCAAAUCUUCUGUCUUCUUCAAGAUUUUCUUACUUGCACUUGUCGGAGGGAACAGGUUCAUGUCGGGGAUAGCUGGCUGCAAAGGAAUAGAAUAUAGUUCCCCGACGCUUGCUUCUGCCAUCAGCCCCAAAAUUCUAGCGUCAUCAACAACCGUCUCGCAUGACCAGCAUUUGACUAUAUCUGAGUCAAGUUGGAUCAUUGGAGGUCUAUUAAUCGCUGCACAAUAUUUGCUUGUUUCAAUCUGGUUGAUUCUUCAGACUCGGAUCAUGGAGGGAGGCUUAAUUUCAUCGUUGGGGUCUGUUAUACACACUUGGGGUCUUCAUCUGAAAGGUCCAGUCUAUAUAUCCUUGUUCAAGCUGUUGAUAUGCCUUGAAUCUGGAUGA